UGUGAGCGCGUCAGUUUUUAGGCAUUAACUAGCUAACGUCCACAGAUCUCUCUGUGCCGAAAUUGCCGUUGUGUGUAAUAAAAUUUGUUUAUACAAUAUUUAAGUGAUGUAAUUAAAUAUUAAGGUGUAUCGUUUUUGUUUUAAUGUGCAAAUAAUUAUUUUUAAUAAAAAGCAUUUCAAUUUGCGAAAGGGUGCAAUAAGCUGGAAAUAAAAUCUUCAGUAAAAGCAGCAACCAUACCGAAUAGAAAAUACCGAAAACAUUGUAAUCAAAGACGAAAACCGAAUUUGACUGCAAUAAUGUCGAAAUUCUGGGCCGCCUUAACCCGACGAAAAACGGAUGAUGUCGUAGAAAACGAAUCACAAUUGGCACGUGUUCUCAAUCUCUUCGAUUUGACUGCACUCGGUGUGGGCAGUACUCUCGGUCUGGGCGUAUAUGUACUCGCUGGUUCAGUCGCCUACAAUAUUGCCGGUCCAGCUGUGACCAUAUCAUUUCUUAUCGCUGCGCUUGCUUCCGCUUUUGCGGGCAUUUGUUAUGCUGAAUUUGCAGCACGUGUGCCAAAAGCGGGCUCUGCAUACGUUUACAGCUAUGUAACAAUUGGCGAAUUCGUAGCGUUCACUAUUGGUUGGAAUCUGAUAUUGGAAUAUGUGAUUGGUACCGCCAGUGUAGCUCGAGGUCUGAGCGGCUACUUUGAUGCGCUCAUCGAUAAUAGUAUGUCGAAGGCGUUGACAGAGGCUAUACCUAUGCAUGUGGACUUCUUAGCAAAGUAUCCAGACUUCUUGGCUAUGGGUGUAAUUUUGCUGCUGGCGGCAUUACUUGCCUUUGGUGUGAAAGAGUCCAGUUUUUUGAAUAAUAUUUUCACAACUGUAAAUCUGAUCACCAUUGCCAUAGUAUUAGUUGCUGGUGCUAUAAAUGCUAAUCCCGCUAACUGGAGUAUACCAAAAGAUGAUGUACCCGAGACAGACAAUAAUAAUUUUGGCAGUGGCGGUUUUAUGCCAUUCGGUAUUGCCGGUGUUAUGACUGGUGCCGCGAAAUGUUUUUAUGGGUUUGUAGGCUUUGAUUGUAUAGCCACAACUGGAGAAGAGGCAAUUAAUCCAAAGCGCAAUAUUCCACUUGCCAUCGUCAUUUCAUUGAUCAUCAUAUUCUUGUCUUACUUCGGCAUUUCGACGGUACUUACUAUGAUGGUGCCUUACUUCGAACUGGAUAAAGAUGCACCAUUCCCGAAGGCUUUUGACGACAUUGGUUGGUCCGCUGUUAAGUGGAUCGUUACAAUUGGCGCAGUCUUUGCCUUGACCACAAGUUUGUUGGGUGCUAUGUUUCCCUUGCCGCGUGUACUUUAUGCUAUGGGCAACGACGGAAUUCUCUUCAAAUCAUUUUCAAAAGUACAUAACUACACCCAAACGCCAUUGUUGGCAACAAUUAUCUCGGGAAUUUUUGCGGGUAUUAUGGCGCUUAUUUUCGAUCUGGACCAGCUGAUCGACAUGAUGUCCAUUGGUACACUAUUGGCUUACACAAUUGUAGCCAUAUGUGUGCUCGUACUGCGCUAUCAGGAUGAAGAUAUGGAUACGAAGACAAUCUCCGUUAGUUGUCCCAAAGUUAUACGUCAAUUCUUCAAUGGCAAUUCGUAUCGUGAACCAAAUUUAUUUACAUCACGUAUUACAAAAAUAGCUGUCGUAGUAUUUGCGCUGGUGUGCAUCGUCUGGGAUAUAGUUGAGGCGCUUUGCGGCGUGACUUCUACAGCUGGUGCAGUGGCGCUAGGCGUUAUUGGCGUUCUGUUAAUAUUUAUUGUGGUUAUAAUCGGCAUGCAACCGGUCUCGACAAUUGAGUUAACUUUCAAAGUGCCACUAGUGCCAUUCAUACCCUGUUUAAGUGUUUUCGUCAAUGUUUAUUUGAUGUUCCAAUUGGACGUGAAUACUUGGAUACGUUUUCUCGUAUGGGUUGCCAUUGGCUAUGCGAUUUACUUCAGCUAUGGUCUGCGUAAUUCUACACAGGUGACGCGGAACCGUAACCACGCCGAAGCAGCGAUAAGAAUGCAACACACGAAUCAGGCAUUUGAACCGGACUGGAAGGUGGAGAACGGUGUUAAUCGGGUUGCGGAAAAGCAGUAG